CACCAACUCACUUGUCUCGCCCCCUUACCUUCCUCCGCGAGACAUCCUACCGCUUCCCCUGUCGAGAUCCAAAAAACAACCACCACCGUCACCACCACCACCAAAGCGAAGUCCUCUUCCUCAGAUGGCCGUCAAACCCUAGCCUUUUAGCCCUAAAAAUACCCCAAAAUUACCGCAACCAUGGCCCUCAACAUGAAAACCCUAACCCAAGCCCUCGCAAAGACCGCUGCCGUCAUCGAGAAAACAGUCCAAACAUCGAUCCAAGAGGUCACCGGCCCUCGCCCUCUCCAAGACUACGAUCUCCUAUAUCAAGUGGGCUCCGGUGGUCCGGGCCUCUGCUGGCGCCUGUACUCGGCCCGGCCUCGAUCCUCGGCCCCGUCGACGCAGUAUCCUCUCGUUUGCGUGUGGAUUCUGGACAAGAGGUCGUUGUCGGAGGCUAGGGUUAGGGCUGGGCUCUCGAAGGCGGUUGAAGAUGGGUUCUUUGAGAUGGUUAGGGCUGAUGCGGGGAGGUUAGUGAGGAUUCGGCAUCCGGGGGUUGUGCAUGUCGUGCAGGCGUUGGAUGAGAGUAAGAAUGCGAUGGCGAUGGUGACGGAGCCAUUGUUUGCUUCGGUGGCUAAUGCGAUUGGGGAUUUGGGGAAUGUUGAGAAGAUUCCUAAAGAGCUCAAGGGGAUGGAAAUGGGGAUUUUGGAGGUCAAACAUGGUCUUCUACAAAUUGCAGAAUCAUUAGACUUUCUUCAUAAUAAUGCCCGUCUUAUUCAUCGAGCUAUUUCUCCCGAGACGGUCUUUAUUACUUCGGGCGGAGCUUGGAAGCUAGGGGGGUUUGGAUUUGCCAUUUCCAUUGACCAGGCUUCAAGUGGUUCAAUCUCCAUGCCACCAUUUCACUAUCCGGAAUAUGAUGUUGAAGAUUCUAUUCUACCUCUUCAACCGUCAUUAAACUACACUGCCCCCGAACUGGUCCGAAGUAAGGCACUUUCUGGUGGAUGUUCUUCUGACAUGUUCAGUUUAGGGUGUCUUGCAUACCAUCUUGUUGCUCGCAGGCCUCUUUUGGAUUGUCAUAACAAUGUUAAAAUGUAUAUGAAUACAUUAACAUACUUGUCAAGUGAUGCUUUCUCUAUGAUUCCUUCGGACUUGGUUGGGGACUUGCAAAUGAUGUUAUCUUUGGAUGAAGCUUCUAGACCAAAUGCUUUGGAUUUCACAGGUUCUUCAUUUUUCCGGAAUGAUACUAGGUUGCGCGCUCUUCGAUUCCUAGACCAUAUGCUUGAAAGAGAUAAUAUGCAGAAAACUGAGUUUCUAAAGGCAUUAUCUGAUAUGUGGAAGGACUUUGAUUCUCGUGUACUGCGGUACAAGGUGCUUCCACCUCUUUGUGCUGAGCUCCGAAACAUGGUUAUGCAACCAAUGAUUUUGCCAAUGGUCCUUACAAUUGCAGAGUCUCAGGAUAAAACUGAUUUUGAGGUUUCGACUCUGCCUGCACUGGUUCCAGUCUUAAGUUCUGCCUCAGGUGAUACACUUCUGCUGCUUGUGAAGCAUGCCGAACUCAUUAUUAACAAGGCUAGCCAAGCGAACCUGAUAUCACAUGUUCUUCCUUUUCUUGUUCGAGCUUAUGAUGAUACUGAUGCUCGUAUGCAAGAAGAGGUUUUGCGGAGAACCGUACCCCUUGCAAGACAACUUGACAUGCAGCUUGUGAAGCAAGCUAUCUUGCCUCGUGUCCACAGCUUAGCUCUGAGAACAACAGUUGCUGCGGUGCGGGUGAAUGCUUUGCGCUGUUUAGGUGAUUUGGUUUCAUCUCUUGACAAACAAGCUAUAUUGGACACCUUGCAAACAUUGCAACGUUGUACUGCUGUGGACCGCUCUGCACCUACUCUUAUGUGCACUUUGGGAGUUUCAAAUGCAAUUUAUAAACAGUGUGGCAUAGAAUUUGCUGCAGAGCAUGUCCUUCCACUCCUUUUCCCUCUGCUCACCACACCACAACUAAGUGUUCAGCAAUUCGCAAAGUACAUGCUCUUUGUGAGGGAUAUUUUGAGGAAGAUCGAAGAAAAAAGAGGUGUGAGUGUGACUGACGCUGGUCCUCCUGAGGUUAGAGCCUCAUCUUCAGCGACCAAUGGGCUUCAUUCUGAACCAAUUCAAAAGGUGAGCAUGCCAAUCUCUUCAUCAAAGAGUAGUACGGGGUGGGAUGAAGAUUGGGGCGCAAUAACUAAGGGAACGACCACUCCUUCUGUUCCUUUGGAACCAAAUCUUGAAACUAUGCUACCAUUGCCGAUUCCACAGCCUUCAGUGAUUCCUACACCUUUAUCAUCUUCUACAUCCACUGUGAGCCAACAAUCUCCAUCAUGUAGCCCUGUCAAUAUCGAGUGGCCACCUCCCAUUUCUUCUACUGCCUUGACUUCCCAAUUGAAUGCUGAUGAGAAAAAGAACCAGAACUCUGGGGGGCUUUCUGAUAAUAGUUUUGACGAUUUAGACCCUUUUGCCAAUUGGCCUCCCAAGCCAAGCAAUUUAUCCGACAGUAGUCAUGCAGUAUCAGGAACAAACACAAAUGGGUCAGACUUUGGAAGGUACAAUAACCCAAUUGGAGUAUCAAAUACUUACCGGGGGAGCUCAGUUUCAAAUCAAGGCAAUUCGACAAGUAUUGCAAGUUCAAACUCAGCUUUGGGUAUGGGUUAUGCAAAUGCAAGCAGUAAAGCUAAAAGUGCUGGGCAUCUUGGAUCAAUAUUUGCCUCGGCAAAUAGUGGGAACCCUACACCUAGACUUGCCCCACCUCCGACUAGUGCUAUCGGUAGAGGCAUGGCUAAUGUUGGGAGAGGAAGGGGUAGAAACCAAGCAUCUAGGUCUAGUCAUGCCAAAGGAUCCACAGAGCAACCUCCCCUUUUGGAUUUACUUUGAAACUAUAUACACACAGAAACUGCUUUAAAGAAAUCAUUCUGUAGGAAGAGCAUCAUGCACAUAUCUGUGUCUUGAGGAUCAUGGAGAGUGUUGAUUUUCCUUCACAACAAGCCCCAUGGCCAGUGUUGGUGAGGUUCAUUUAUACAAACUUUUUGUGGGAGUGCUGGUUGUCAUAUAUUUGUGUAUUCUUUUUUAAUUGGCCCUAGCAUCUUUUGCUGAGGUCAUUGGAGACAAUAAAAUCAGUAUGUGUAAAUUAGUCUUUCGCUGUAAACUUGUGGGCUGUAGUCA